AUGUUCCUAACCUUGUUCCUAAACCUUGUUCCUAAUUAUGUUCCUGACCUUUUUCCUAAUCCUGUUCCUUAUCCUGUUCUUAAUCAUGUUCCUAACCUUGUUCCUGACCUUGUUCCUUAUCCUGUUCCUAAUCCUGUUCCUAACCUUGUUCCUAAUCUUGUUCCUAACCUUGUUCCUUAUCCUGUUCCUAAUCCUGUUCCUAACCUUUUUCCUUAUCCUGUUCCUUAUCCUGUUCCUAAUCCUGUUCCCAAUCAUGUUCCUGACUCUGUUCCUAGUCCUGUUCCUAAUCCUGUUCCUAAUCCUGUUCCUAAUCCUGUUCCUAAUCCUGUUCCUUACCCUGCUCCUGAUUCUGUUCCUAAUACUGUUUUUUACCCUGUUCCUAACCCUAUUCCUAGUCCUCUAUCUAACCCUGCUCCUGAUCCUGUUCCUAAUCCUGUGCCUAUCCCUGUUCCUAAUCCUGUUCCUAAUUCUAUUCCU